AUAAUAUUUCAGAUUGUGAUAGGUUAACGUGGCUAGGCUUGGUAUUAAACUGCAGUAGCCGACGUAGUUGAUACGGCCGUUUGGUCAGAAUAGCACCAUGCGGUUUGAAAUUGUAACACCGGUCGCAGUGGCAUUUCUUGCGGCAUUUAUUUCUGCCCAACACCCGCCGAGUUUGAAUCCUCCACCGGGUAUAGUGGAAAGAGUUGAAUCCUUAAGGGUUCCUUAUGGAAGAUCAGUUUUUGUUAACCCACUAACAAAUCUCAAAAUCAACGUUCAUGAGGGCGACUACUGUUUCGUUAUUGUGCUGCCAGAUCCAUCAGACAGAAUGCCCGGAUUUAUUUCACCAGAACAUUUCCCUUGUAAUUUUGGCCCAGAAGAUGUCAAAUACUCUCAUCUCGGAUCGAGAAGUCCAAGCGAACAUAAAAUACGACUCCAAAUCCGGUACGACACGCCUACUGAAACUUAUGUGAUUCCGAUUGCACUUCCGGUUGAAGUAUUAUUUAUUCAGCGCACUGUAGUGACAAAGGCCUUGUUCAUCACUGUACCCGAACUUCUGGGUACUUCGGAAGCCAUCGAUGGUGAAAUUUUAGAGUUUACCUACGAGCCAGGACAUACUUGCCAGGUGACAACUAAUAUUUCACCGGCGUCUCUGCCCCAUUACGGCGAACUAAUUAAUGACCCUUCAGAAGGAGCACCAAUUUCUUGUUCCGAAUUUUUAGCAGCCGGUGCAAAAUAUCAGCAUACUGCUCUGACUGACUCCCCGAAUACCGAUUUGAUACCAAUGGUUGUCGAAAUUUUAAAUGAAGAGGGUGAACUGGUAACACAAGAGUACUUCCAAAUCAGAGUUAGAAUUACAGAUGGAAUCGAAAACACACCCCCAGUGACCGAUUUUCUAUCAACGAUGAUGAUGGAAGUCGAUCAGUUUGUGAUGACAGCAAUUACUCCAGAUAUGUUACGUGCGCAAGACAAGGAGUCAGAUCCGGCAGAUCUUGUGUUCAACAUUACAGAGCCACUCAAACCACAACAAGGAGGCUUUUACAGUACAGAUGACAGGAACCAGGAAAUUCGAUCUUUUUACCAAUCCGACGUCAACAAUUUGAGAAUCGCUUAUAGACCACCUGCAGUGGACUCAGAUGAACUUCGAUUUUUCAAAGUAAAAAUGCAAAUCAUUGACACUGAGGGAAUGAUGUCGGAUCCAUUUGAUUUUGUCGUUGUUGUUAAACCCAUGAACACGAUGGCUCCCGUCGUUACAAGAAACACGGGACAACUUUUAUACCAGGGACAAUCGAGGGCUUUGUCUUCUCGCCACAAUCUCGAAAUUUCCGACGAAGACAAUUUGGGUGACGUCACAGUGUCUGUUGUCAGUGGUGCAACUCACGGCUCUCUGGUCAAAGACGGUGCGACAGUUAAAACAUUUACACCUGCCGACUUGGACGCAGGUGUCGUAGAAUAUCACCAUGACGGGACGAACACGUACAGCGACAAUAUCGUCUUCCAAAUGAGCGACGGAAAAAACAAGGUGGAGUUUUUGUUUGCCAUCACCAUAGCAACCGUCGACAAUACACCGCCGAUUCUCGAUGCAAAUACUGGAUUAACCAUCAACAAAGGAGCUACUGAAGUUAUUACUACGUGGAUUUUGAGUGCAGCUGACGUUGAUUCCGAAGAUCUGGACAUUAAAUUCGUAAUGGCCGAGCCAUAUUCGACCGAAGGGCAAUUCUUACUUAUCAGCGAAGAACCAGAAGACGAUUUGGAUGCUUGGACAGAACGACCGGAUGGCAGAUGGGAAAAGGAGGUUUUACAAUUCACGGAAGCAAAUUUAUUGUCAAUGGAGGUUUAUUAUCGACACAUUGGGCCUCACUCAACCGAGGUUGUAAUGGACAGAAUAAGAUUUCACGUCGAAGACGACAAUGUACCACCCAACAAAUCUCCUAUUGAAACCUUUGUAGUCAAGAUCGUACCGGUAGACGAUAUACCUCCCAACGUACACGGAUCGGCCACUUUGCGGGUUGAUGUAAAUGAAUACGAACUCACCACAUUGGAGAAAAAAUUCUUGCGAUACACGGACCAAGACACUGAUGAUCGUGAGUUGGUGUACACAUUGACGUCACCGAUAACUGAACUCAGUCCAGUCAGUCCUUUGGAAGAUUUUGGUAAACUUGUACUUCAAGAUCACCCUGAACAAGAGGUUGACACUUUCACUCAAGCUCAAAUCAACCAUCACAAAAUAGCUUACCAACCACCAGACGUUGAACUUGGACUUAUUUCUCGUAUUCUUCAGUUUACAUUCUCCGUGACAGACAACGCCGGAAACGAACUUCCUAAUCAGGUUUUCACAAUAUUUCUUCGUCCUGUUGACAACAAACCACCGCAAAUCGUAAAUACUGGUUUCACUGUGCGUGAGCGAAGCACAGCAAGUAUCACAUCCGAUAUAUUGGAUGCAACAGACGCCGACAGCAACAAUGACGUUCUUACGUUCACUGUCUUGAGACGGCCCACCCGUGGUAUCAUUUAUUAUGACGAUGUUGCUCUGACAGUGGGAGGAGCAUUCACUCGUGACGACAUUGCAAAUAUGCAUAUGAUGUAUCAACAUAAUGGUGACGAGUCCACAUCGGACGUAUUUGAUUUGGAAGUAUCUGACGGCAUGCACACUAUACCAAUUAAGGUUAAAGUGGACGUGGAACCUAUUGACGACGAAAUCCCUACAUUGGCUCUGCCUUUGAAGGGGGAAUUGAAUUUCAAAAUUAACGUAAAAGAACGAGGAAUGGUUGUGAUCACCCCUGAGGUGUUAUCAGCAACUGAUUCCGAUACUAACGACCUUGCUUUAACAUUCCUUAUUACGUCAUUACCAUCAAAAGGUCAGAUCAUCGUUUCGGGAGAACCCGUCAAUUCAUUUACUCAGGAAAACAUUCGAAACGGUCAAGUUAAAUACAUGCACACAGCUGGAGAAAUCGGUCCCGAUGAAGAUUCAGAUACCUUCAGUCUAACCUUAUCCGAUUUAUCAGAUGAUUGGUCUAUUGGAGGAAAUAAAGUCGACACGGUUCUGAUGGCUGUGAAAAUUUUACCUGUAGAUAGUGAGGCGCCUGUAGUAACCAUUGGAGAGGACUAUAACGUCAACGAAGGUGACAGAGCGACUAUCGAGUUACGUCAUUUAUCCGCCACAGACGAAGAUACCGAACGUAACGAGAUUAUAUGCGUGGUCAUCACGCAGCCUAUGGAGGGUUUCUUAGAAAACAUAUCACCAGCUCCAGGAUCAGAAAAGUCACGCAAAGGAAUUCCCAUCAGUUCAUUCACAAUGGGGGACAUCAUAGCUGGCAACAUCAAUUAUAUGCAAAGUGCAAACGCGUUGAAAGAACCGAUCGUGGAUAGAUUUUCGUUCGUAUGUCAGGAUGGAACACCUAACGUAUCACCAUCAGAGUUUUUCAACAUCGCCAUUGACCCAGUAAACGAUGAAGAACCUCUUCUUUACUACACUGAAUUUGUAUUGGACGAAGGUGGACAACUCAUCGUGGAUUUACCUCGAUUAAGUGCGGAAGACUAUGAUAUUCCGGAAGACGAAUUAACUUUUACUGUUAUCGAACCACCCAAGAAUGGACAAUUUUUGAGAAAGAGAGACGACGACCUCGUACCAGAGUCAGAAUUUACUCUGAAUGACGUAGCCAGUUCAAAUAUUGUGUAUCAACAUGACGGAACAGAAACGACUGACGAUAAAUUCGAGAUUGCACUGAAUGACGGCGAACACGAAGUAAAACAGAUCAUUCCUAUCACUAUCAGACCGGUCGACGACGAAACGCCAAGAAUGACAAUAAACAACGGAAUUGAUGUCGAUAUUUAUGAAUCCAAAAUUAUCAGCAACAACGUUUUGAAGGCCACAGAUUUGGAUUCUGACGAUAGCACGUUGACGUUUAUUAUUACGUUCGGUCCUCACCAUGGAAACCUGUCACGCACCAAUGCGGAAGGCAGGAUGAUCACUUUGAAAGUAGGAGACAAUUUCACACAGAAGGACAUUGAUGAUAAUAAGAUAGCCUAUCAUCAUACAGGACAAGAAGGAGUUCGAGAUCUCGUCAAAUUUGACGUCACGGAUGGUCUGAAUCCACUUAUUGACAGAUAUUUCUACAUAAACGUCGGAGGAAUAGACAUGUUGUUCCCAUCUAUUGUAAACAAAGGGGUUACAUUGAAAGAAGGUGGUCACGUUACCUUGACGACAGAUAUUCUAAGUACGGACGACAUGAACAGCAACGACGAGGAUUUGUCAUUUACAAUUGCACAUGCACCUACUCGAGGGCAUCUGGAAAGCACGGACCAACCCGGAGUGCCCAUCACUACAUUCACACAGUUGGAAUUGGCAGGCAAUAAAAUCAAGUACGUGCAUACUUCAAUUGACGAAAUUAAGAUGGACAGCUUUGAAUUUGAAGUCACGGAUGGUUUCAAUCCGGUUUAUCGAACUUUCCGGAUAUCAAUAUCCGACGUUGACAACAAAAAACCGGUUGUCACUAUUUCUACUCUUCGAUUGAAGGAAGGGUCUACAAAACUUAUCACACCAUUUGAAAUGAAAGUUGAAGAUCGUGAUACGAAAGACCGCCAACUGAAAAUCAGUAUCACUCAGGUCCCGGUUCACGGCAAAAUUUUGAAGAAUGGAAAUCCAACUCGUUCGUUCACUAUGGCAGAUCUCAACCAUAAUCGUGUAUCAUACGCUCACGACGGUUCCGAAACGGUUGGUGAUUCGUUUUCUUUCACCGUUUCCGACGGAAGCCAUAAUGAUUUUUUCGUGUUUCCCGAUACCGUUGAUACAACUGAAGCCCCACAACGAAUGGACAUUGAAAUCAUAGCUGUGGACAACGGCGUACCCCAACUACUGAUCAACAGAGGUGCCCAAACUAUUUCGGAGAUGGCAAGUGGAAAACACGGGUAUCGAAUCACAAAAAAAGUUUUGCGUGCUGACGACAGAGACAGUGACGUCGCGAAAUUGCGUUACGUAGUCAGUACUCCUGCUGAGCACGGAUAUUUAGUUAACAUUGCCGACGGCGAGGACGCAAUUGAGGAGUUUACUCAAGGUGACAUAGAUGAAAUGAAUAUUUUCUAUAUUCUCAACCCGGGAAGCAACGCUACAGCAGACGAGUUCAAGUUCAAAGUCGUUGACAAAGGUGAAAAUGAACUUGACGAGCAAAAGUUCAUGCUGAACUGGGCAAUCAUCUCUCUAAGCAGCGCAAAUUACAACGUAUCAGAAGAAGAAAAGUACCUUGAAAUCAUUUUAAAGAGACGGGGUUAUCUGGGCGAGACCUCAUUCGUCACGAUUUCUACGAGAAACGGAACUGCCACUGAAGGUGCAGAUUUCAAAACUACAUCUGCAAAUCAAGUUCAGUUUAAUCCAGGACAAAGUGAAGGGAAAUGGCGAGUCAGAAUCCUACAGGAUGAAGAAUAUGAGCAAUCGGAAAUAUUUUAUGUUGAUUUAUCUGAUCCUGUCAUGGGUAUCAUUGAAGAGCCGUCGAAUUCUAGUGUUGAAAUAACGGACCAGGAAGAUGAAUCCACCGUUUUCUUCCCCGAAGAUGUACAUAUUAUACAAGAGGAUAUCGGAGAAUUUUUAAUUCCAGUAAGGAGAAGCGGAGAUUUGAACAAAGAAAUGAUGGUUGUGUGUUAUACAGAACAAGAAUCAGCUACUGGUACUACACCAACAACAGUGCUUUCUUAUUCCGAUUAUAUCAGCAGACCCAAUGAUCAUAACAGUAUUAUAAAGUUUGAGAAAGGCGAAUCAGAAAAGAAUUGCAGAAUUGUCAUCAUCGACGAUUCCUUGUACGAAGAAGACGAAAAAUUCUUCGCGAGAUUGACGUCACCGAUGGGUGGUAGACUAGGAGAAUUUUCUGAUACAGAGAUAACUAUCGAAGCAGAUUCUGACGAUGAACCGAUGAUAUACUUCGAGGCUGACAGUUACCAGGUAGAUGAGAGCGAUGGUCACGUUGAAGUUCAUGUUUGGAGAACUGGACCAGACCUUGACCAGAUCGCCACUGUCACUGUGAGAUCCAAACAAAGCGAAGUCGAAUCAGCAAAAGCAAAUGAAGACUAUGUUGGAAUCAGUGAGACGAUAACAUUCGCUCCUCAGGCAACAAUGCAGCCAGUUCGUGUUGUCAUACUUGAUGACUUGGGCAACCCGAAACUUGAAGGGUCAGAAACUUUUGAAUUAAUUCUCACAAUGCCCAGAGGAGCUAUGCUAGGAGAACCUGGAGUAACAGUGGUUACCAUCAACGAUUCCUACUCAGAUUUACCUCUCAUGCAAUUCGCGGAAGAAACAUACGAAGUUGACGAAUCGGACGAAUCUUUAUCAGCAAAAAUAGUCCGAAGUGGCGACCUGUCACAAACAUCUUCUGUCCGAUGUUACACAAGACAAUCUUCAGCUGAAGUCAUGAUGGAUUACGCUGAACGACCUAACACCGAUGCAUCCAUCGUCAAAUUUGAACCAGGUCAAUCUGAAGGUCAUUGUACUGUUAUCAUUGAAAACGACGGAAUUCACGAAGACCCGGAAAAGUUUAGACUGGUAUUGGGGACACCAACAAGCGAAAGUGCGGGAGAGGCAAGAGUGGGAGAAACAUCUGAAACAACUGUUACUAUUUUGGACCAUGCAGAUAGACCCGUUAUCGGAUUUGAGAAGACAACAUACGAAGUAACGGAACCGGGAGUUGAAGGCAUUGCCACGUUGAGUGUAGCGGUGAUUAGAAAGGGAGAUGCAACACAAACUUCAUCUGUGAGAUUUUUCACAAAAGACGGGAACGCGGAGUCGGGAAAGGAUUACAAUCCUCUCAGUAAAGAGCUCGUAUUCGAUGUAAACGUGACUAGACAAGUUGUCGAUCUUCAAAUUCUUUACGACGAAGAAAAAGAAAUUCGAGAGUCUUUUACAAUCCGACUUGAACCUGACACCAGCAUGAUUGCCGAUCUAGGAGAGAGCAGAGCGAUUAUAUAUAUUAACCAAGAAAAGAUUUUAGCUGAUGUAACUUUCCCUCAUCCACCAUCUGUAUUUUCACUCUUGGACUACGACGACACUGGAAAGGCUAAAGCUCGACCAGCACCUGGGUAUCCAGUUGUAUGUGUUACGUCCUGCAAUCCUAAACAUCACGGAUACGACAAAGUAGCAGAUAUAUGCACAAGUGAAGGUAUUGAUGACAAACAGACCAGAUACAGGUGGCUGGUUGCUGCACCUAGCAGUUCUGACAACGUCACUAAUAAUUUGAGGGAGGUUGCACAAAACACUUUUUUCACUGAUUCAAAUUCAAUAACGUUAGACAGCAUUUUCUUCAAGCCCGGAAGUAGAAUUGCAUGUGCUGCUAGAGCGGUAACAGACAACGGAGAUCCAGGAAUCGAAAUGACUUCACAACCAGUAACAGUGAGCAAAAUCGGAAAAAUUUGUCCUCCACGAGUAGCUGGUUCUGUUGGAGCUGAACCGUUUUCAGCAAAAUUCCGCUACACCGGAGCUUCUCAUCCAGACUAUCCAAACCUAAUCAAAGUUUCUGUGUUGAUGCCUCACAUUGAUGGAAUGUUGCCAGUAAUCAGUACUAGAAAACUAAGCAAUUAUGAAAUUACCCUGAGCAGAGAUGCAUCUCGAGUUGGAAACCACAGAUGUUCGAAUAUUCUCAACUUCGAUGAAAUAAAAACUCAGCACGGAUUUAUUAGUGAAGGACUAACAGAUCGCAAUAUAAUCGGUGAAACUUAUCCUUAUCAAUUCAGUUCAGCACUAAGAGGAAAUAAUACUUUGAGAUUUUACAAAAACCUUAACCUGGAAGCAUGUUUGUGGAAUUUUGAAUCAUACUACGAUAUGUCUGAGUUAUUGAAUGAAUGUGGAGGUGAUGUCGGCACUGACGGUCAGGUUUUGAAUAACGUACAAUCCUACGUAUCUCUGCGUGUACCAUUGUACGUAUCAAACGUAUUUCACUCUCCUGUCGGAAAAGGUUGGCAACAUUUUGAUCAAGAAACUGAACUACGUUUAACAUUUACGUAUGAUACUGCUGCCUUAUGGGAUAAUGGAAUCGGAAGUCCACCAGAAUCCGAAAUUCAAGGUUACGUUUACCCAACAAGUAUGCGCAUCGGUGACGAAGGUAAAUUGGUUGUAAACUUCCGCACGGAAGCGAGGUUCAGAGGUCAAUUCGUUUUGGACCAUCCUAGCACAGAGCAAACAUCGAUGGUUAUGAGUUCUAAUCAUCCAGAAUUAGAACUUUCACUUAAUCUAGUUCGAACAGAAUCAACAUAUAAUCAACCGGAACAGAUUUGGACUUUUACAUCGAAAUAUGCCAUCCGAGAUUAUUCUGGAACGUACACUAUCAAACUUAUUCCGUGUACUACGACAGCCGAUCAAUCUUAUUCGAUACCGAUAACUUGCAAUCCAAGAGAACCUCUUACGUUUGAUAUUGACAUCAGGUUCCAACAAGUGAGCGACCCAGUAUCGGCUGAAUUCAGUUUGAACACAAAUUUUUACUUAUUGAGUAAAAAAUCACUUUGGCUUUCUGAUGGUUCCAUGGGAUAUGCUGAAGAUACUGACGUUGCAUUUGUCGAAAACGCUAAUAUAUAUGGUCGAGUCAGCGUUGAUCCUGUACAGAACCUGGGGGAUUCCUUUGACGCAACAAUUGAAAAAGUGUUCAUUUGUACCGGACGUGAUGGAUAUAUUCCGAAAUAUAAUCCAGAAAACGAUGAAUAUGGCUGCUUAGCAGAUGUACCUACCUUGUUGCACCAAUUCAAGAUCUUGGAUAAAGAGCAACCAGACACACAGCAAAAAGAUAUGAAUAGCGUUGGAUUCGAUGCAAAACUAGCUGUGGACGACCCCGAAGCUCUUCCUAUUGUACAACAGUCAGGCACAGAUGGAUUCAGAAUGGCAUCUAGACCCCUGUUUACGGUUACCAGUGGGCGUGAAUGGUAUUUGCAUGUUAUUUAUUCCGUCGCACAAAAGACCAGAUCUCGACGUUCCAUCCUACACACAUACAACGCCGUGUUAAAGUCCGGUAACAAAGAUGUUAUCCGUUCUAAGCGGAAUGCACCAAACGAGGUAGACACGAUUGGCCGCUCUGAUAACCGAGGUACGAACAUGGGCCAUGUAGUAUUGAAGCCUGGCAAUAGUGGUGAUACACCAGUUAGAGGAGAUGGUCUAGCGCCGGAAGAAAGCAGCACGGAUACCUCUAAUAACUCAUUCAUAUUUAUCAUAAUAGCGGUCGUAGGCCUGCUGGUAAUGGUAGGCAUCAUCGCUUCCGUUAUCAUUCUCAAGAAAAGAGCACAACCUAGCGAUGGCAGGGGUGCCUAUUCUGGCGGUAAAGUCACCGCGACCGCUGCAGGUGUUGCGGUUCUCGAUGAUGGUUACGGAGGGUCCGAAUCAUCGGAAGUGUAAAUUCGGACUGUGGUCCGAAAUCAACACACACACAUCUUCGUCAUUUUUUAAAUUUUUUUUAAAUGAAGUGCUAAAAUACCUAUGUCUUUGAUACAAAACGACAUAUUUUGCAUUGCAGCAUAUUAUUAUUAUUUCAAGUAACACGAAUAUUAUUACCAUUAUUUAUUACUGUCCAUUUUGCUUUGUUGCUACUUUCCUUGGUUGCUUUUUUGAUGUUUUUCUUACUUUUGACCAUUACUUUUUGUAUUUUUGGAACUUCGGCGACUUGCCAAAAUACGAGACAGUGUUUGGUUUUAUGAAAACUGUUCCCCGUAUGUCUUUUUAGUUUUUUUGUGUAUUAUUUUAUUUUAGACUUGACAAUUGUUGCCUAGUGCCAUUAACAUAUCCUCUGGUCAUUAAAUAGAUGCGGUUCCUAAUUAUAUCCUUAAAAUGAUGUCAAAAAUAACCAAGUUAGUAGGACCUCAUUGUAGUACAAUUGAUUAGCAAUAUUUACACAAAAAUUAUUUGCGUCAGCCUUCGAUUUUGCCAAACCUCAUAUGCUCCUUUUAUCUGUUUGGUUUACUUCAUAUAUAGCCUAACUUACCCAGAACGUAUCAUUAUUAAUCUAAAUGACGCCCAAACACCCAAUUACUUAUCCGGGGGUGAUAAAAGCUCUUCCCAUCAACGACGUGCCUAGACCUACUUUUCGAGCAACAACUCUAGAAUUGUGAAUAGUUUGAUGUGUUAGUUUAGUGUUUGAAUUUUGACGACUUUUUAUCAGCCUGAUUUGAGUUAUUUAGUUUAUUUGGAAUGUUUCAGUAUUCUUCUAGUAGUGCUUAAUGUUGAAGGUUUUUUAUACUAACCCCCAGAUGUAAGCCAAUAUCAGGGAAAUCGGUCUCAUCGAAAAUCCGGAUGGGUCGAUUUCCGAGACAUUUCGACUGCAAUUCCGGAAUAAUAAAAAAAUUGUCUUCUUUCUUCCGAAUCCGGAAUAGUGAAAUUUCAAAACCGAUGUCUUUGUCACAUGCAAUUUGUUCGUAUCGGAUGGUAAUUUCGACUCCCAAAGUGUCUUCAGCCGUGGAAAAUGUCACAAACAACGGCCAAUGCAAAAUUCUUUUUCUUUUGUGGCCGACAAUGGCGUACUUGAAAUAUGGAGAAUAUAAUUCAAUUACCAGAUCCAAUUUGUCAACUUUUACCUUCUGCACUGCCUUGCUUUUUUUUGCUUGCGUUUUCUUUUUAAAUUUAACUUUGACGUCACUUAGAAUUUCAAAACGUAGAACCAAUUUUAGCAAUGUACAUGAUAACAAAAAAUAGAAUUUCAUAUGUAUUCGACCUUUGAUUCAAAACAGUCAAGUAUAUCAUUGCUUUAUUGACAGUAGGAUUUCACACGUAUUUUUGUAAAGUUACUGCUUUUCUCCAGAUUUUGGUGACGGAUUAAAUGUAUGCUUUUGGUUCAUUUCAACACGGCCUGUAACGGGCCAAUUUGCAUGCUUGCAUGUCAUUUUAAAUCACGCAAACCGCACCAUUACGUUUUAAGCAAAAAUAAUCUGUGCCUUAUACAGUCCCUUCUAAUCAAGUGAUAUAAAGUCCAAGAAAAUCGAAAUAUGUAUAUAAAUUAUAGAGUAUGCCGGCUAUAAUAUUUAGCAACGCUAUUGGUGACGCGCGAUAUACAUUCGAAUCAGUGCUUGACCAAGCAGAAUAUCCCAGCUGGCUUUUUGGCUCCAUUUUGAUGUUAUAUAGUAAAAAUUCAUGAAGAAUUUCAAUAUUUAAUACGCUUUCCUUGAUUUGAAAUAUAUUCAAUAUAAUUCUUUUAUUUCGGUUCAAUUUUAACGCCUUACAUCAUAUGACAUGUCUUUUCGACGAAUAAGCGCUUCUUGGGUAAAAUACUGGGUACUAAUCACGAUCUGUCAUAAUGGAUGAGCUCAUAAAUGCUUGGCUGCUCAUCUUUGUACUAAUAUUUAUAAUAUUAAUCUCAUUAAAAAAUAAAAAAAAACUGAAUUUUGUAA